AUGGGGAAUGCCAAGGAUGAUGCCGACGAGCUCAGCCUCGGAAGUGUGGCUGUCGGCGCGGUCCACGUGAAAUCGGACCGCGGACUCCAUGAUCUCGUCGCGGUGAAGCACGGCCCCUGCGGGACGCCUCCCACCACCGUCGGAGAUGUUCCUGCUGUUGCUAAUACGCUCGUCGACGAUGACGCCGCGGACGCGAGUCUGCCCAUCACGCCGCCGUCGUCGCCUGUGCGCGGGCAGCACCUGAACCCCGUCUCCUCGCGCACGGCGGUGUUGCGCGGGCCUUCGCGCUCGUCACAGCGGUCCUUGGCGGAGCACUCGUCCUUGCGCGCGUGGUGCACGAGGACAACGUGGGUCGGGCGCUGCUUCUGCGUCUGCUUCGUCUGUGAAGUGAGAGGAGAAGUGGAUGGGGCGGGUGACGUCGGCGAGGAGGUCGAAGAGGAGAGGAAAAGGAGGCGGGUGACGUCGGCGAGGAGGUCGAAGAGGAGAGGAAGAGGAGGCGGGUGA